UCGCCUCCCUGCCCUGCAGCGCGUGAGGGGGUGUAACACUAUCUUGCACUCUGCGCUUACCUCAGCCUUUCAUUCACUGAGGAAGUUAGAUCGUCAGAGUUGGAGCGGCGCAGCACAAAACGCAAAGAUGAACAACACUGAAAUAAACAUGAGUGGCAUCAACGGAAACACUGCUACUCUUCACCUGGAUGGCAUCCCUCCAGACAGGCUCAAAGAGGUAGUGAAACACUUGGAGCCUUUCCGUCUUUCCCUGGAGAAGCUGAAGGAAGUUUCUACUCGACUCCGGAAAGACAUGAUCCGAGGUCUGGGGAAACACACGCAUCACAGAGCGGCCGUCAAGAUGCUGCCCACCUUCGUAAGAGCAACACCGGACGGGACUGAGAAAGGAGACUUCCUGGCACUAGAUUUGGGUGGAACAAACUUUCGGGUGCUUCACGUCAGAGUGAUGGAGGAGGAGCAGAAAAUGGUGAAGAUGGACAGUCAGCUCUGUGCCAUCCCUCAAGAAAUCAUGUUGGGAACCGGAGAACAGCUGUUUGAUCACAUCGCAGCCUGUCUUAGUGAGUUCCUCGACUCUCAGAACCUGAAAGGACAGACUCUUCCAAUGGGUUUCACCUUCUCUUUUCCCUGUGAACAGAAAGAAAUCGACAAGAGCAUCCUGAUCCGCUGGACUAAAGGCUUCAACUGCUCUGGGGUGGAAGGAGAGGAUGUGGUGAAGCUACUGAAAGAGGCCAUCCACAGGAGAGGGGACUAUGACAUCAGUUCAGUUGCCAUGGUGAACGACACAGUGGGUACAAUGAUGAGUUGCGGAUACCGGGAUCAGACCUGCGAGAUUGGGAUGAUCAUUGGAACGGGAACCAACGCCUGCUACAUGGAGGAGAUGAAGAACGUGAAGCGUGUGGAGGGAGAGGACGGACGGAUGUGCAUCAACACAGAGUGGGGCGGCUUCGGAGACGACGGCUCCCUUGAAGACUUCCUGACGGAGUUUGACAAGGUGGUGGACAGGACUUCAAUCAACCCCGGAGUCCACACCUUUGAGAAGAUGAUCAGUGGAAUGUAUUUGGGGGAAAUUGUUCGGCUGGUGCUGAUGAAGCUGACUGAGAAGAAGCUGCUGUUUAAAGGGGAAGUGUCUGAGGCCCUGCGUACUAAAGAGACAUUUGAGACAAAGUUCAUCUCUAUGAUUGAGGAGCCAGACAGUGGUCUGGAAAAUGCCAAAAAGAUUCUGACUGAAUUGGGUCUGACAUGGGAUUUGGUUGACGCCCGUGUAGUGCGACUUGUCUGUGAGACCAUCUCCUCACGUUCUGCUCGUCUCUGUGCCGCUGCCUUGGCAACCAUCGCCGACCGUAUUCGUGCCAACCGAGGGCUGCCUCAUCUGAAGACUACAGUGGGAGUGGAUGGGACUGUCUACAAAAAACAUCCCAAUUACAGUGACGAGCUCCAGAAAGCAGUGCACUUCCUUGCCCCCGAUUGCAAAAUCAAGUUUCUUGUCUCUGAGGACGGCAGUGGGAAAGGCGCUGCCAUGGUUACCGCUGUGGCUCAGCGGCUAGCUCUCCAGUCACGGCUGUUGGAGGAGAGCGAUGGCGAGGAAGAUGAAGAGGAAAAAGUGAGAAGCUAACUGAACACAAUUUGGGACAAUUUCAUUGUUUAACACAUAUCUGAGAACUUGUAGAAACCCUGCUGUACUUUUAUCAACUUGUGUCAUGCAAAAAGUGAUACUUCAGUAAAAAAUUGACAGGUUGAUUUAUUUUUGCUUCAAAUUUUAUGCCAAAAAUUUGGCAUAAAAGAUGCACAUUAACUAUACUAAUAAAUGUUGAUCCAAUAAUGUGUUUGGAAGAUGGAAAUCUGCGUUUGAAAUUGUUGGGCAUCUUUUGCCCACCAGGGGGCAUUGCAAUUUCUACUCUAAACGUUAAAACCUGAUGAGUUUAAGUCUUUGUUUUUGUUUUACUCUGGUUUCCUCCACUUCAAGGCUUUGGAGAUCCCCCCAAAAAACCCUUCAUAGAGAAUCCACCAAGAGCUGUAUAAAGACUAAGAAAUUAAAAGUUCUCAGACCGAUUAGUCUGUUUAGUCCAAAUUAAAGUUAUGAAUACAUGUAUACUGACUUUACAGAAUGAUUUUACUUUGAAUCACUUGGCAAAAUUUCAAUUGAGGUGAGCCUUGGUAAUCCAGUUCCAGAUAUUCCCCUCGGUGUUAAGUAAGAUGUUAAGUUAGGGUGUGACACCGUUGUAGGCUCUGGAACGAGAACAGCAUGUCAGUAAACCUAGCAUUAAGAGAACUAUGUUAUAAUGGCCUGGAGCAUCUUCCUAAGAUAGGUGUGAAAUUGACACACUGUCCCAGAUAUACCUUGUAAUCGAAAUUGAUUGAGUUUUCUUAAGUUGUGCAGCAGGAUUUAUUGUCAGCCUGCAAAUGACUGAUCGUAUUACACAAAGCAUAACUAAAACCAAACGGAUUCCUAAAUACCCAAAACCAAAACUGUCACAGAAAAUUGGGAAACUGUGAUGACUCAUUAACCUUUUUCCAACUUCAACGCAACAUAAAUCCAUAUAGAUAUACAGUAUAACAGAGUAAAGUAUGAAAAAUUGCCAUACCCAUAGUGUGCACAUUCUUUUUUUUCUCUGAAGAGUUUUUGCGGUGCUGGUGGCUUGUAUUUUUUCGACAGUAGGCAGACAGGAAGGAAAAGAUCGGCGGGACCGGGAGGCAAACCCGCGACGUCCGCGUCGAGGAGUAAGGCCUCCAAACGUGGGGCUUGCUAACCCCCUGCGCCACCACAGCACGCCCCGUGUGCACAUUCUUAAACUUAUACCUUGUUGAACCGUCUUUCAUUUGAAUUUCAGCAAUAAAUCAUCUUUAGUCAGGUCUA